GCGGGAAUUCCUUGGUGGUUGGUUGUAAACAAAUUUGAAAACUGCUGUAACUCCUUGGCUGAAAACGAUGUAGAUGGCUCCUUUAAUUCAUUUUAACUACCAAAAGGGAUGAUAUUCUUCAUGGAAUAUUUUUUUUAAAACGGAUUGCCCUACAUUUCCUGACCGUGGCACACAAACGGAUCGAGAGUAAAGAUCUUUCUUUACAGCUACCAAAACUCGUAGAAUUAUUUAUGACGAAUUUAAAUUGUUUAGUACGAAUUUAGCGAUAGUUGAAGAUUAUUUGUCGAGAAAAUCAGGGAAGAAUUACAGCAGAGGUAUAACGUGAUAUCUAUGAUGCAGAGAGGACAAACAGAUAAAGAUCGGCGUCGAAAUGCCACAAAUGAAAGUCACGCUCUGAGAGAUUUAGCGAGCAAGUUGAAGAUAGAACUUUUACAAAGUCAAGUGGAAACUCAAAAAGUUAAAGAUCAACUCCAGUGUAUGAUAUAUCUUGUUCGCCGAGCCUGGCAGGGAGAUGAAGUAGCAUCAAUACAUGUAGCCAAUAUUGUAGGUGUGGCCCCACCAAAGAUGCAGAGGUCAGACCAAGACGAAGUUAUGGCCACACCAAAGUCCAGAGCUCUGAAUGGCUGGGCUCGACUCGUUAUUGGUGUGUUAAAUCGCAUGUACCAUGAGGAGGAACUUGAACUGCGAGCGAAACAAUUUUUGUACAUGCGUGACAGAGAAGAAUUACUUGACGAGCAGCUGAUAUCACACAAGAAUAUCACGCACCAUCAAACGAAUGUGUCCCUUUUGCAAACCAAUACUUUACAAUUACUACAGGCCAAAGAAGAAUGCAAAGCUCGAGAGAUAGCGGGGGAACGAGAGAAAAUUGAACAGCAAAAACAAGAAUUGAAAGCAAAGUUUAGAGGAAGACCAUCAAAGCUUCAAACCCGCGGCGUGGCCCGGAAGGAAAGGGUAGAGAGAGUUGUUGACUUAGAUGUGUCGGGUAACCUCUUAAUCAGCCCAGUCAGGAACAAGAAGAUGGCGGCUGAGGAAAGUACUGGGAGGCAUGUAAAUAGCCCAGAAGACGAGGAAGACGAAACGAUAGUCGAAGGAUCGUCCUCCUUCAGCAGCCAUAUUAAGAAAGAAAGCGAGAAUUCAAACGAUGUCUUCCUCACAAGAAGAAGAUCUAACUCAUUAAGCCGGGAGGAAGCAGCGUUACCGAAACAGAAAAGAAGUGGCAAUCACACUCGUUCACAGACAAGCGAAGGGACUGGAAAAAGAAAACCGAGGCCCCAAACUGCAGCUGUGAAAAGUUCCAAUUCAGAGGGUAGCAUGGUUGUGAAAAGCAAAAGAAGGCCUUUGUCCGCCCACGUGACCCAUCCCAUGCCUUGGAGUAAACCUCCUCCAACCUUCGACACAAGUAAAACUAGAAGACAGCUAGAUCUCAUCGAAAGGGACUUAAAGUUCACGACGAAAGCGCUUCAGGAUCGACUGGGUAUUUCUAAACAGGGAUUUGUGUGAAAAAAAAAAACGUUUUCAUUGCCGUAGCGUAAGGCAGCGAAAGACUUCAGAUGCGUGGUAAUUAUCAGGACACCUUUUUGGCAUAACUGCGGUGAAAGAGGAAAUUUGUAAAUUCAGCGAAGUCAGAAAUUAAGUCAAGGAGUUUUUGUUACGCUUUUAUUUCUUUAUAUAAAUAGAAAAGACUCAGAACUCUAACAAAAAUCUCAAUGUUUCCACUUAGCAAAUUUGGUGAAUUUUCUGAUUGUCUCGUAGAAUAGAUUAUUUUUUGAGGCAUGUAGACCCCGAUUUAUGUAACAGUUUGAUGACAUGUAAUAGUAAUUUGGAAACAUCUAGUACUUCCUUCUUUCGAA